UACCCAACCAAGCCCAAGAAUCCAAGCUCCGCGCCAAUGGCCGUCGGAAACUGCAACGGACCAGAAGCUCCGACCAAAAACAUUGCCGUCAUCUUCGGAGCAACCGGGCUCGUGGGGAAGGAACUCGUCAAGAAGCUGCUCUCGAAACCCAGAUGGAAGGUUUAUGGCGUUGCCAGGAGGGCCGAUCAAGCCCUUUUCAAAUUCAUUCAAAACCCCAAUUACCAAUUCAUCUCGUGCGAUCUUCUCAACCCUCUCGAAACCAAGCACAAGCUCUCUUCUCUGCGAGAAGUGACCCAUCUUUUCUGGGUCACCUGGGCGAGCCAGUUCCCACUGGACAGCCAAGAAUGCUGCGACCAGAACAAGGCCAUGAUGGAGAACGCCCUGAACGCCAUUCUCCCCAGAAUCAGCUCUUUAAAGCACGUUUCCCUCCAGACCGGCGCCAAGCAUUAUGUUUCGAUUGGAAGCGGGUUCCAAGAAGGUGGUUUGGGUUUUUUAUAUGGUGAAGACAGCCCGAGAGUCGGCGGUGGCAAGAAUUUUUACUACGCGUUGGAGGACUUGCUCCGGCGUCGCUUGGCGGCCGGGAACGUAGCCUGGUCGGUCCACCGGCCUGGCUUGAUAUUGGGGAGUUCAGUAAGGACUUUGUUCAACUUCAUGGGUAGUUUGUGCGUUUAUGGCGCCAUUUGCCGGCAUCUGAAUCUGCCAUUUUUGUUUGGGGGGACAAGAAGGUGCUGGGAGGAGAUGUACAUUGAUGGGUCCGAUGCUGGGUUGGUGGCUGAACAGCACAUUUGGGCCGCGAUUAAUGAUAAAAUAUACAGCUCCGAUGGCCAGGCAUUGAAUGCCAUUAAUGGGGAUAGUUUCACUUGGAGAGAAAUCUGGCGGGCAAUGGCGAUGAAACUCGGAGCUGAAGUGCCUGAAGAGAUGUUUUCUGAGGAUUUUGUGUUUUCAGAGGCAAUGGGGGAUAAGGGAGAAGUUUGGAAGGAGAUAGUGAAGAAGGAAGAGUUGGUGGAUACGGAAAUGGGGGAUUUGGCGAACUGGGAGUUUGUGGAUCAGUUAUUCCGGUGCCCGAUGAAGAUGACGGCGAGCCGGGAGAAGGCCGACUGGCUGGGUUUUCAGGCGAGGUGUGAUGAUACGUUGGAGUGUGUACUGUAUUGGGUUGAUACGAUGAGAGAUGAGAGACUAAUUCCAUGGAAAGGGAUCUGACUCGAUUUGUGAAUUAUGAUGAAUGUGGUGAGCCACAAAACUGGCUCUGCUUGAAAUAAACAAGAGAAUAAGUGUUCUUGGCAGAUUAACAAUUGGGGGUUGAAAAUGCUCUGUUUUUUUUUUUUUUUUUUUGGGGGGGG